GCUACUUUGGGUCUGUUAGCAAACUUUUCCGCUCCCUGCUCCUCGGGCUCUAUUUUCUUCAUCAUCCAACAGCAUACUUUCCCUUCACUUUUUUUUUUAGCACAGUUGUGUGACGUGUUCGUGGAGUUCCUGCCCUUGUUCUGUGCAGGGCAGCGCAGAGAGAGGGCUGCUGCGGAGAGGCAGGGAGGAAGAACAGAGCACGGAGGGCCGUCGCCGAGGGUCAGAGAAAGUGAAGAAGGAAUUCCGUGGCCCGUGGGCAAAGCUUCCAUGACAAGUUGAGGACCCAGGAGGAGGAGCAGUCAGGAUGAGGUACCAAGCCAAGGAGGUGGACGUGGAAGGGAGAGUGCGCCUGGUGAUGGAGGGGCCCCUCACUGCCAGGGACCGGGUCGGGGUGCAGGACUUUGUCUUGCUGGAGAACUACAACAGUGAAGCGGCGUUCAUUGAGAAUCUGCGCCGACGCUUCAGAGAGAACCUCAUUUACACUUACAUCGGCUCGGUGCUGGUGUCGGUGAACCCGUACAAGGAGCUGGACAUUUACUCCAAGGCCCAGAUGGAGCGUUACAGAGGCGUCAGCUUCUACGAGAUAUCCCCCCACAUCUACGCGGUGGCGGACAACGCCUACAGAGCCAUGAGGACGGAGAGGAAGGACCAGUGCAUCCUCAUAUCAGGAGAGAGUGGAGCCGGCAAGACUGAGGCCUCCAAGAAAGUCCUCCUGUACUACUCCGUCACCUGCCCCAUGAGUGACCGCAUGACCCAGCUGAGGGGCCGCCUGCUGCAUUCCACCCCCGUCCUGGAGGCUUUUGGGAACGCCAAGACGCGGAGGAACGACAACUCCAGCCGCUAUGGGAAGUACAUGGACAUCCAGUUCGACUUCCAGGGGGCGACAGUGGGCGGUCACAUCCAUAACUACAUGCUGGAGAAGUCCCGGGUGGUGCACCAGAACCAGGGUGAGAGGAACUUCCACAUCUUCUAUCAGCUUCUGGAUGGUGGAGACGACGAGCUUCUGGCGGCACUGCAGCUGGAAAGGAAGCCCCAGAGCUACAACUACCUGGUCAAGGGCAACUGUCCCAGGCUCAGCUCCGUCAGCGACCGAAAUAAUUGGAAAGUUGUGAUGAAUGCCCUGCCUGUCAUCGGCUUCACGAAGGAGGAAGUCCAGGAACUCUUGAACAUCAUCGCUGGGGUUCUCCACCUGGGGAACACUCAUUUCGGAGAGGGACAGGAAGGAGAGACUUUUAUUACCUCUGAGACUUCAAUUGACAGUCUUGAAAAGCUCUUCCACGUCCAGGCCUCGGCCCUCGUGGAGGCGCUCACUCACAGGAAAUUGACCGCCAGAGGAGAAGAGAUGAUCAGCCCGCUGAACUUCGAGCAGGCCGUUUCGGCCCGCGACGCCUUAGCCAAGUCCAUCUACCGCCGGACCUUCACGUGGUUGGUGGAGAAGAUCAACUGCUCUCUGGCUCUGACGGAUGGGAUCCCCCGCAGCAGCAGAGAGUCCUCCGUCAUCGGACUGCUUGAUAUCUACGGGUUCGAGGUUCUUGAAGUCAACAGUUUCGAGCAGUUUUGCAUCAACUACUGCAACGAGAAGCUGCACCAGCUCUUCAUCAGGCUCACGCUCCAAUCUGAACAAGAGGACUACGAGGCCGAGGGGAUCGCGUGGGAGCCGGUGCAGUACUUCGACAACACGGUCAUCUGCGACUUGAUUGAGGAGAGGAACCAAGGCAUCAUCGCGAUCCUGGAUGAGGAGUGCGUCCGACCCGGCGACACCAGUGACGUCUCAUUCCUGGAUAAGCUGGAGGACAGGCUCGGCGGUCAUCCUCACUUCCUCACACACAAGCUGGCCGACAGUAAAACCCGGCGGGUGAUGAGCAGAGAGGAGUUCAGACUCCUGCAUUACGCUGGAGAAGUCAACUACAACGUCAACGGUUUCCUGGAGAAGAACAACAACUUCCUGAACCGGAACCUGAAACAGGUCAUGAGCCGGUCAGAAAACAAGAUCCUCCACCAGUGUUUCUACAGAGAGGAAGUGAAGGACCAGAGGCGACCAGACAUGGCUGCCACCAACUUCAGAAACAGCCUGCUGAAGCUGCUGGAGAUCCUGGCGUCCAAGGAGCCGUCCUACGUGCGCUGCAUCAAGCCCAACGACGGCAAGCAGCCAGGUCGGUUUGACGAAGUCCUGGUCCGACACCAGGUCAAGUACCUGGGCCUAAUGGAGAACCUGAGGGUCCGAAGAGGGGGCUUCGCCUACAGACGGCGUUUUGAGGACUUCCUGCAGAGGUACAAGCCACUGUGUCCCGAGACGUGGCCGAACUGGCACGGCCGGCUGCAGGACGGCGUGUCCACUCUGGUCAAGCACCUGGGCUACAAGGAGGAGGAGUACAAACUGGGCAGAUCCAAAAUCUUCAUCCGCCUCCCCAAAACUCUCUUCACCACUGAAGACGCUCUGCAAGCAAAGAAACCAGACAUUGCUGUGGCCUUGCAGACUUCCUGGAGAGGCUACAGAGAGAGAGCCAAGUACCAGCGGAUCAGAAACGCAGUGAUUGUGAUCCAGUCGGGCUGGAGAGGAACCAAGGCGCGCAGGAGAGCCAGGAGGCGUCGCGAGGCUGCCGAUCUGAUCCGCAGGUUCAUCAAGGGCUUCAGCAACCGUCACGAGGAGUACAACCCAGACAACCAGUACUACCUGGACCACUUGCGCCGAUCCUUCCUCCUGAAGCUGCGCAACAACCUGCCCAAGACCGUUCUGGACAAGCGCUGGCCGACCCCGCCGCCGUUGCUGAGUGAGGCCUCGGAGCACCUGCGAAAGCUUCACCUGCGGAACAUGGUGGCCAAGUACUGCAGGAGAGUCCAGCCGGAGUGGAAGAAGCAGAUGACGCAGAAAGUGGUGGCCAGCGAGCUCUUCAGGGGUCAGAAGUCCAACUAUCCUCAGAGCGUCGGGCGGCUGUUUUUGGACACGAGGAUCGAACGUGAACAAAUCAACCUCAAGGUCUCGCAGACGCUCGGCAAUGACAAAGUGCAGUACGCCGUUCCGGUCACGAAGUACGACAAGCAGCGGUUCAAGCCUCGACCUCGGCAGCUGCUCCUCACCAACAGCUUUGCCGUGCUGGUGGACCGGACCAAGAUCAAGCAGAGGAUCGACUACUCGGCUCUCAGAGGAAUCUCCCUGGGUUCCCUCAGCGACGGCAUCUUCGUUCUGCACAUGCCCACCGAGGACAGGAAACAGAAGGGCGACUUGAUACUGCAGUGCAACAACGUGAUCGAAGCCGUGACCAAGCUGGCCAUGAUGGCCGACAAAACAAACCACGUCAACGUCUGCCUCGGCAGCAUCCAGUACUCCACGGACCGAGGGAAGGAAGGGUUCGUCGACUUCAUCAGGGGGCCGGAGGUGAAGGUGGGGAAAGGGAGACGAGGUCACAUGCUCGUGACGGCGCCGCAGGUGGUGGCGUGAAGGCGGUGGCGGUGGAUCGGCCACGCCAGACGAGUGCACUCCUGCGCGGCAUCCGCUCCAAGAAAACACAGUCACACUCAUCACGACUGCUUCAUCUCUUUAUUGUCAAGCACAAGCUUCAUUCCACUCAAAUAAAUAUUGCAACACUGAGAAGUAUUUGAAAUAAAUAGGCAAUAAAUAUUAAAUACGUGUAUAAAAAUGGGAGGCUCAGGAUGCAGGGCUUGUUUUUUCGAAGAGGACAAAUCACUUCAAAU